UUCAUUUUCUCUCUGUAGUUGUUCUGCUGCUCUCGGUCAAGUUGAUUUCGGGAAAACCUCCUUGGAAGAAAAGGUUCAAAGCCGGUCCAAACAAAAUUGACUAGCUUCAAAAAUCCAGAAUAUUUGCUUAACCAAUCAUGUAUCGUUUGGUCUUGAGGGAGCCUUGCAAAAGUGCUCUGCAGAAAACGCUGCAACAGCAGUCUCGCAGACAAUAUGGCAACAGUAAUGGCUUACCACCAAAUGUAAGGGAAGCCGGCUUUGGUAAAGUGAUCGUACUUCUUACGCCAUUCGCCAUAGUAGGUGGUGCAAUAUCCUAUGCGAAAUACGACAAAGAUUUUCGAAAAACUCUCGAACAAAAUGUGCCCGGUGCCGAAUCGAUUAUUAAAAUAGCUCUGCAAGAAGAGAGUCCAUUCAAAGGUAUUAACGAACAACUCGAUAGUGUAAAGAAACAAUUUGACAGUGUGUCGAAGACGAUUGGAGGUGCUACAUCAACAGUGACCGGACUAUUUGGUGGUUCUGAUAAAGAGAAAGAUACCACGAAGAAAGCGGAAGAGGUCAAAGCAAAAGCUCCUGUCCAAAAAGCUGUGCCUUCUACUACUGCUACCAAAAGUUCAGAAUCCAAACCAGCUGCAGCUAAAGCUACCGAACCUGCUCCUAAAGUAGCUCCCAAGCCCGUUGAGCCCUUACCCUCUGAUGUGCAAGAAUUGCAACAUGCAGUGGAAGUUGCCGCAGCCCUAGCUGUUCAAGAAUACAAUAAAGCCAUAGAUGUUCUUAAAAGCUUCAAUAAUGAUGUACGCCGUAUUGUUGAUGUAGCUGUCGAGAAUCUUGAUGCCUCAACAUGGAAUACAUUAAAGAAUAAGACAAAUGCUCGCGAUUCUUCUGUGGCUACAGCAGAAAAACUAGCUCGCGAGGCACUUGAAAAAAUUGAAAGAUGUGAAGUUGCAUUGGCUAAGGCUGCAAAGCCUGAAAAUCAUGAGCAAAUUCUGGCUGUUCGUAACAAAGUCAAAAAAUUGGUCGAUCACAUCAAUACCGUAAAAGAUGAGCUUUAUAAGAAUAAAGAUCUUGCUAGCAUGUCUGAAAAGUAUUGGAGGAAUGUGGAGAAAGCUCGCAACUAUUUCGUUGAAGAGAUUGAGUCCAUUUUCCCUGGCUUGAAUUUGGCUGACAAAAAGUUAUUAAUGUCCUCAGAAGAUCUUGAUCUCUUCAUCACCCAUGCAUAUUCGCAUGUUUUGGCCCUUCAAAAGGAAUUGCAACGUUUACAAACCGAUGGUGAAUUGCGUCUAAAGCGUGCCAUUGAUGCUUUGCGUGGAGACAAUGAUUCCGAGGCUGUAAAAGCCCAACUGGAAUAUAUGUUGGAAACCGAAAAGCGUAAAUUGGCUAUUGAGAAUCAAAAGAAAAUUGUGCAAAUUCGUGCCGAUGCCGAACGGCAGUUGCGUCAACAUUUGAAGCAACAGGCUGAAGCUCAUAUGGAUCAUUUGAAAGAUGCCAUAAGUAUGAGGGAAAGCGAAUUGAAGCGUAACUAUUCCAAGGAAUUGGAGGACAAGUUAGCCACGGAAAAGGCAAACUAUAAAUUGCAAUUGGCUGCCAUGUUAGGCAAAUUGCGCGGUAUGGAUGCUGCUCUACAAGAUAUUGAUGCGGAAUUGAAAGCUCGGGCUGAAUCCGAACGUUCGGCUCAUCAGGCACAAGCUUUGUGGGCAGCCUGUCAAGCUUUGUGGUCCACAGUGAGGACUGGAGAACCUGGAGAAGAUUGGAAGAACAAGUUGCGCCCAUUGAAAAAGGAAAUCAAGGCGAUUACUAAAGUAGCAGAGGGCGACGAGUUGGUGGCUGUGGUAAUUCAAAAUCUACCUAAAGAAGCUCAGGAACGUGGCGUUUUCCCCGAAGAUGCUUUGCGCGAACGCUUCUUGAAUGUGGAACGUGUGGCACGUAAAUUGGCAUUGGUACCCGAAGAGGGUGCCAGCAUACCCAAAUACUUUUUGUCCUAUUUACAAUCCUUCUUUAUCCUUACCCCUGAUGAUCCCAUUUCACAAGAUGAACUGCAAAAUAAGAAAUUUGACUUCAGCAAAUUGGAUACUUAUGACAUCUUAAACAGAGCUAGGUAUUUUAUUGAUCGCGGUGAUUUAAUGACAGCGUUGAAAUACAUGAACCUUCUGCAAGGUGCUCCUCGGAAAAUAGCUAGCGAUUGGUUAAAGGAAACUCGUUUGCUGCUCGAAACACAACAAGCUGCCAAUACUCUAAUGGCUCAUGCUGCUGCCAGUGGUUUGUUGUAUUUGUAAUUUUGUUAACUUAAAUUGUACUACGAUUAUAUUUUAAUUUUAAAAAAAACCAACAAUUAGAAUCAAAGCAGAUAAUAAUCACAAACCAAAUCCAGAAAAUCAUUUAAAUUUCUCAAAUUUCAUAGUUUUCGGCAAAAAAAAGAUCAUGCGGCCAUUAUGAUUAAUUUCGAAAAUGUCAAUAAUAAUUUGUUUUAAGUUAUGCUUUACAGAUUCCUUUUUAAGUACAAGACUUUUAAUUUUGUUGUGUGCAUAUUAAUAUUUCUUGCAAUGAGAACCAAUUUAGUUUAAUUUGAAAUGGAAACAAUAAAAACUAAAAACUUAAUAGCCUA